GGGACAAUUGUUAUUAUUACCGCUAAUGGAAUACUAAUGAACGUUAUACCGGCCCGCUCUGUGUGCAGCUUCUAUGACCCUGAGGGGAGAGGAGAGAGGAGAGGCGAGGCUCUGUGUUCUACAGACACACUUCUGUCCAGGGUCCCAGGCCAGCUCCUUCUAUACACCACACCUGGAUGAGAUAGUUUGCAUGGAACCGAAAGGAAUUGUUAAAGCGUUCCCCAAAGUAAAACGGUUGAGAGAAACUAGCAAUUCAACACAAGAAGCAAAAAAGAUCAAAGCAGAUGUUGAUGUUCAAGGAGAAUGUUUUGCCGGAGUCAGUGCUUAUAUCCUACAGGCUGGAAUUGGCCAAGCCAGAUCUGGGAUCUUUCAGAAGCAGAUCAUUCAGAAUGGUGGCCAGGUCGUUUCUCUGUUUAGUCCAGAGGUGACACACAUUAUAGUGGAUGAUGGAAUGGACUGUGGCCGUGCUUUCCGACUUUUGAAGUUGUCGAAAUUGCCCACAGGUGUACAGCUAGUGAAAUCCAGCUGGUUAAGCCUGUGUAUAAAAGACAAGAAGGUUGUAAAUACAGCGGGGUACAGCAUAUUCAUUCCAGACAGGUACCUGGAUGUGAAAGACCAAGCAGAGCCUGAACAAAGGGACACGGGCAUUGUGGAUGACAAGAAAGAGCAUGAUGAACUGUCACAAGCUACAGCCAGCUGCACCCACACGGAAGAAGCUUGUGAUCUCUCUAAGCUGAGUGAUGGCAAACUGCUUAAUGUACAGGAAUCUGAUGAGGGCAGCGAUGGAGAGGAUUGUGAUGUUAAUCAAGGUGACCUAGAUGCAUUGAUGUUUGGCCAGCAAGUUGCAAAAAACACAGAGGGUGAGAAGACUGGUAAAGAAGCGACCAUGGUGUCUGGAAAUUGGGUGUGCGCCCAAUCAUCUGAGACCAAGAAAAAGAAUCACAAUCAGCUUAUCACUGAAAAGCUGGAGGUGCUCGCAAAGGCCUACUCUGUUCAAGGAGACCGCUGGAGAUCUCUGGGAUAUUCAAAGGCUAUAAAUGCAUUAAAAAGUUACCAUAAGCCAGUUACAUCUGCUCAGGAAGCUGCCAAAAUUCCUGGUAUCGGUAAGAAAAUGGCUGAGAAAAUUGAUGAAUUACUGGACAGUGGGCACCUGCGCAAGCUAGAUCACAUCAGUGACAGUGUUGCUGUCCUAGAGGUCUUCUCUAACAUCUGGGGGGCAGGUGUAAAGACAGCCCAGAGCUGGUACCAACAGGGAUUUCGAAGUCUGGAUGACAUCCGCUCAAAGGCCAACCUAACCAACCAGCAGGUCAUUGGCUUGAAACAUUAUGAAGACUUUCUAGACCGCAUGCCCAGGGAAGAGGCUGGAAGGAUUGAAGAAACUGUACGAAAAGCAGCCAAGGACAUCAAUACAGAGCUGAUCAGCAUAGGUUGUGGCUCAUACCGACGACAAAAAUCGACAUGCGGAGAUGUAGAUGUCUUGGUUACACAUCCAGAUGGGAAGUCUCAUAAAGGAGUUUUUAACAAACUCAUCGACGGCCUUAAAUCUCAAGGAUUCCUCACCGAUGAUUUGGUGAGUAAUGAAGAAAAUGGAACUCAGAAGAAGUACAUGGGAGUAUGCCGCCUCCCAGGACCAGGGCAGAAACAUCGGAGACUUGAUAUCAUAGUCGUGCCAUAUUCAGAAUUUGCAUGUGCACUGAUGUAUUUUACCGGCUCAGCACAUUUUAACCGUUCCAUGCGUGCUCUGGCCAAAACAAAGGGGAUGAGUCUGUCUGAGCACUCCCUAAACAAGGACGUGGUACGCAAUGGCAGUGUGAAGGUUAAUGCUGGCUAUCCUUUACCAACGCCAACUGAGAGGCAUGUAUUUGAAAUCCUUGGGCUUCCUUUUAGAGAAGCACAUGAAAGAGAUUGGUAGACUGGAAAGAUUUUAAAAAGUGGUUUGAAUUCCUUUUUGCACACGUGUAAUAUAUAAAUUGUCAGAUCAUAGGGGUUUAUAAAAGAAAAAUGAAUGCCUCCUAAACUCUACAUACAUUCGGAGCAUACCCUCCUGAGCACUGUGCCCCUUUUAAGAUCCUUUCCCGAGGGGGGGGGGGGGGGGAUAUAACAGCAGCAAUACAAUGCAACCUUUUAAGCGACCAUGUUUACCCAGUCUUGCAGUGAUUUUAUUUUAAAGGGGUUGUAAAGCCUUGUGUUUUUUCACCUUAAUGCAUCCUAUGCUUAAGGUGAAAAAACACCUUGCACUCUCCGGCCCCCCCGAGCAUCUGUUUGCUUACCUGAGCCCCAAACCUCCAUGGGUGCGCUCACGCGUCGUUCUCCCCGCGGCCUCUCGGCUCUUCAUUUGAUAGAUAGCAGCGCAGCCAUUGGCCCCCUCUGCUGUCAAUCAAAUCCAAUGACCCAGCCGCCAGGGGGCGGGGCCUGGU